UUGGGAAUCUGAUCCAUCUAAGUUCACUAAGUAUUCUUUAUUGACAGAUUAACAAUAUUCCAAUCUUCUAUAAGCAAUUGUUGAAUAUGCUUUACUUACACCAUGCACCAAACCAACCAACCCCAAAGCAAAACCAAAUAUUGCUUUUACUUUUUUAAACACAUUAUUUGAAGUUUGAACCGAUUAACAAUACUAGAGAGCAACUCAGAAAACACAAAAAGAAAAAGAAAGAAAACAAUACUAGAGAGUGAACAAGAUCAUCAAAUGGCAGACGCUGUUGUUUCGUUUGUGAUUGAAAGGCUUGGCGACUUGGUGAUUUCUGAAGCUCAAUUCUUGGGUGGAGUUGAAGCCCAAGUGGGGAAUGCACAGAUCAAGCUUCAAUGUAUGAGUGCUUUCUUAAAAGAUGCUGAUGCUUGGGUACGUAAUGGUGAUGAGAGAGUUCGCCUUUUGGUUGUCCAAAUCAGAGAAAAAUCUCUUGACUUGGAGGAUGUUAUUGAAACUUAUGUUCUCAAGGUGAUUUUGAGGAGAAAUGAAGGCUUACUAAAGAGGUGUAUUUGCAUCUUCAGAAAAGGAAUUGAUGUCCACAAAGUUGGAUCAGAGAUUGAGAGGAUCUCAUCCAACAUUGAUACUUGGACUUCACAGUUAGAAGCACUUGGAGUACAAAGAUCAAUACACAAUGCAGCUGAAGCUUCUUCAAGCAAUGUUCAAAAGCAAAGACAGUUGAGGCAAGCUUAUUCGUAUGUUGAAGACAAUGUUAUUGUUGGAUUCGAUAAAGAUAUCCAAGGUUUGGUUGCCCUUUUGACUGAAAAAGAGUACCCUCAUAAGCAUAAGGUGAUUUCUGUCUAUGGGAUGGGCGGUUUGGGGAAGACUACUCUUGCAAGAAAGGUCUAUCAGCAUCCUCAAGUCAGGACUCAUUUUGAUUGUUAUGCUUGGGCCUCAAUAUCUCAGCAAUGUAACAGACGUGAAGUCUUGGAAGGAAUUCUAUUUGCUUUCACCUCUCCAACCAAAGAAAGAAGAGAAGAAAUCAAAAUCAUAAGCGAUGACGAAAUAGCCAAGGAGCUUUACAACUUUCAGAAACAGAAAAAAUGUUUGGUGGUCCUUGAUGAUAUAUGGACAACUGCAACAUGGGAUCUUCUGAAACAUGCAUUCCCUACUACUGCUCAAGGAGACACAUUGCAUAGCAAAAUCUUACUCACUACUCGGAACAAGGUUGUAGCUUUGCAUGCCGAUCAACAUGGUUUCAUCCAUGAACCUCAUUUCCUCAAUGAAGAGGAGAGUUUGGAGCUGUUUCACAAAAAGCUACCAAAUUCAAAUGAUGAUGAAGAAAGGAAGAAAGAACUUGCAGUAGAGAUGGUUAGAAGGUGCUCUGGUUUGCCAUUAGCCAUCAUUGUCCUCGCUGGGCUUCUAUCUAAGAAACAUACCUUAUAUGAGUGGGAGCAGAUGAAAGCAAAUGUAAUUCACUGCAUCGGUCAGGGUGAUCAACAACAUGAAGGUGACUCAAAAUACCGAAGUGUCUUGUGGGUGUUAGGUUUGAGUUACAGUGAGUUACCAUCUCACUUGAAGCCUUGUUUUUUGUGUUAGAUAAAUUAACAAUUAACCCAAGAUCUAUUUGUAUAUAACAUAGAACACAAUAAUAAGAU